UGCCCUUUGUCCCAGAAGCCCAUUGUAUACGACAGAGGAAACCCUGUGCAGUAGGGGCCGCCAUCUUGGAUAGGCAGUCUCUCCAGCCCAGGAUAACCUGCAGAUCCCUUUAGAAACCUCAAGACAUUAAACAUAUAAAACGCGAAACACACGAGAGCCACAAUGGCCACCGCACCGUACAACUAUUCCUACAUUUUCAAAUACAUCAUCAUUGGGGACAUGGGGGUAGGAAAGUCAUGUUUGCUUCAUCAGUUCACAGAAAAGAAAUUCAUGGCGGACUGCCCCCACACGAUUGGCGUGGAGUUUGGCACGAGGAUAAUCGAGGUGAGCGGGCAGAAGAUCAAGCUGCAGAUCUGGGACACGGCGGGUCAGGAGCGCUUCAGGGCCGUCACACGCAGCUACUACAGGGGAGCCGCCGGGGCGCUUAUGGUCUACGACAUUACCAGGUACACACACACGCAUAUGCAUAUAGAGCUCAACAGUCCCGUCCCCCUUCCAGGAAGGCUUACGGUCCGGAAUUCUGCAGGUCUGCUGUUUUUGGAAGCGAGUGCAAAAACGGGCGAGAAUGUGGAGGACGCCUUCCUUGAAGCGGCCAAGAAGAUCUACCAGAACAUUCAGGACGGCAGUCUGGACCUAAACGCGGCCGAGUCGGGUGUCCAGCACAAGCCCUCGGCGCCACAGGGCGGCCGGCUAACCAGUGAGCCGCAGCCCCAGAGGGAAGGCUGCGGCUGCUAAUGACCAAUCACCCAGUCCAGCUUCCCCUGCCCCGCCAACAUACACCACCCAACCAACCACCAAACCACCAACUUAUCCUUUACACACAGACACACAGACACACACACACACACACACACACACACACACACGUAAACACGGUCACAAACACAAGCUCACAGAAAGGCAGUCCUCUUCAAAAACACACACACACACACUCAAGAUGCAAACACUCACGUCCAUGUUGUCCUCCCCGCGUCCUCUUGCUCGGAGCUUGUGGGUUGCUUGGGUAACAGAGGGAGAUGGGAACUAGGGAUGACUUGAUGAGGGCUGGGUGGGCAAUCUUUUCUCCUCCACCCCCCCCCCCCCCCCCCCCCCCUCCUCUCUCUCUCUCUCUCUCUCUCUCUCUC